AUGAAGAAGCAGCAGCUCUGUUCCAAGCUCCCUCUGAAGAUCCAGGUUCCACACCUGAUCUCUGAACCCGGGCCACCAUCUUGUUUUUUCGGUCUCUACCCAAAGCUCAGGACCAGAGGUGAGGAAUGGAACGUAGAUGGACUUCGAGAGCUUUGCCUUCAGGAAACUACAACGUCCAUCUCGUGCUGCAUUUUACCGUCACUCGUGAACAAGACUCCGAGAUACCUGAAGGGGAAGCAGGGCACUCCAAACGGAGCUCCAGCAGAGAACCAUGACCCGGUCCAUUGUGUGCUGAAGCUCAUGAUGUUGGAGGGAAGCCAUGACGAGGUGGGAGGUUCAAAUAAGGCAGCUGGAGGCUUCCCAGUGGUCCUUGGUCCUUGUAACCUGGUGCUGAAGAACCUUUGUGAGGCCUUCUUGUUGGAGAGAGAUCAGAGAUCUUCAGAGGCUCUCUGCAGUCUGCACUCUGAGAGACUCAAACUCUUCUGUCUGGACCAUCAACAGCCGGUGUGUGUCGUCUGCAGAGAUUCAGAACAACACAGCGACCACAGAUUCAGACCCAUCGAUGAAGCUGCACGACAACACAAGAAGAACCUUCAGGAAACUCUGGAGCCCUUAAAGGAGAAGUUAAAGGUUUUUGAAGAAGUUAAAGUGAAGUUUGAUCAAACAGCAGAACACAUGAAGGUCCAGGCCCGACGCACAGAGAGGCAGAUUAAGGAUCAGUUUAAGAAGCUUCACCAGUUUCUAGAAGAGGAAGAGGAGGCCAGGAUGGCUGCACUGAGGGAGGAAGAGGAGCAGAAGAGUCAGAUGAUGGAGGAGAAGAUGGAGGCUCUGAGCAGAGAGAUAGCAGCUCUUUCAGACACCGUCAGAGCCACAGAGGACGAGCUGAGAGCUGAAGACGUCUCAUUCCUGCACAACUACAAGGCUGCAGUGCAAAGAGUCCAGCAGCGCCCCCUGCUGGAUGAUCCACAGCUGCCCUCAGGAGCUCUGAUAGACGAGGCCAAACACCUGGGCAACCUGACCUUCAACAUCUGGAACAACAUGAAGGACAUGGUCUCCUACACUCCUGUGGUUCUGGAUCCAAACACUGCUCAUCCAAACCUGAUCCUGUCUGAAGAUCUGACCAGUGUGAGACGAGGAGAGAGACAGAAGCUUCCUGACAAUCCAGAGAGGUUUGAUGGUUCCUGCUCUGUUCUGGACUCUGAAGGAUUUAACUCAGGGACUCACAGCUGGGAUAGACAGAGGAAAACUGAUACUACCACACACAUACACACCUUCACACACACUUUGACUGACAAGAGGUUUCCAUUCAUUGACACUAAUGAUGUAGAGGAACUUCUAAUAAAGGUGUUACCACUGAAGGUGUGUGUGACAGUGGAACAGAGCAGUUAGAGAUCAAGAGGAUCAU